AUGGAAAAGGCCCGUCAAGAUUUCAUUAAUGAUGUAUUUAUUGAAAUGAAACCCAGUGACACAUCAUACGCGGAGGAGGAAAGGCUUAAAAAAUACGCUUUUCAUACAUGGACAUCAGGAAAUGAGGAAAUCGACUUUUUUAUCCAGAAUGCUCAAAUUCAUGCGUGGAGACAUGAUCUGGUAUUAGAAUGGUAUCCGUGGGAAACAUUCUCUAAUAUUGAAUUAAUUGGUAAAGGCGGCUAUGGAACUGUUUUUCUGGCAAAAAAAAAAGUGGGAAGAAUAGAAAAAUGGGAUUACCAAAAUAAUAGGUGGUGUCGCUUUAAAAGUUGUGAUGCAGACUAUAAAGAAUAUGUUGCGUUAAAGACGAUUGAAUUAAAAGAAGAUUUCCUUAAUGAGAGACUACAACGAUGGGUCUAUCAAUCACCCGGGACUCAUUUUUUAAACGGAUUCACAGCUAACGAUGAUGGCCAAUAUUUCCUCGUUCUUUAUUAUUUCAAAGAUGGUGAUCUACGUAAACAACUACAGCAUCAAACAAUUACUUGGGAAAAAAAGGCUUUAAUUGUCAGACAUAUUGCUGUUGACAUGAAAAAUAUCCAUCAAGCGGGACUAAUUCAUAGGUAA